AAGAGAGCGAGAGGCGCUGAGAGCCCAGAGGCAGAAGGAAGGGUGCAGGCACUACCGCUGAGAGGAGAUCGAGAGACAGGGGGUGCACUUGACAACCAGCAUGCAGAGAUGUCAGAAGAGGCAGAAGUGGAUGUGAGAGACAGACACACACAGAGACACAGAGAGCGAAAGAGGGCAAGAGACUUGACUUUAAGAGACUCCUGCACUGACAACUCCAUGCAGUUCGGAACAAGAACGGCAGCGACCGACUCUGGUUUCAUGGGGACAUGGCAGAACACUGACACUAACCUCUUAUUCAGAAUGUCCCAACAGGCCAUCCGCUGUACACUGGUAAAUUGCACAUGUGAAUGUUUUCAGCCAGGGAAGAUUAACCUGAGAACCUGUGACCAGUGUAAACAUGGCUGGGUGGCACAUGCCUUGGACAAGCUUAGUACUCAGCACCUCUACCACCCAACCCAAGUGGAGAUUGUGCAGUCCAAUGUUGUGUUUGACAUCAGCAGCCUGAUGCUCUACGGUACUCAGGCUGUGCCUGUAAGACUGAAGAUACUACUUGAUCGACUCUUCAGUGUACUGAAGCAAGAGGAGGUUUUGCAUAUUCUACAUGGCUUAGGCUGGACACUUCGAGACUAUGUUCGAGGCUACAUCCUUCAGGAUGCUGCAGGCAAGGUGCUGGACCGCUGGGCCAUCAUGUCCAGGGAAGAAGAGAUCAUUACCCUUCAGCAGUUCCUGAGAUUUGGAGAAACAAAAUCCAUCGUGGAGCUGAUGGCAAUUCAAGAAAAAGAAGGGCAGGCUGUGGCUGUGCCAUCUUCAAAGACAGAUUCAGAUAUAAGGACUUUUAUUGAAAGCAAUAAUCGCACCAGGAGCCCAAGUCUCCUUGCUCACCUGGAGAAUAGCAACCCUUCCAGCAUUCAUCAUUUUGAAAACAUCCCGAAUAGCCUUGCAUUCCUGCUUCCAUUCCAGUACAUAAAUCCAGUCUCUGCUCCGCUGCUAGGGCUGCCUCCAAACGGCCUCCUGCUGGAACAACCAGCAAUGAGGCUUCGUGAACCAAGCCUUACAACCCAAAAUGAAUAUAAUGAGAGCAGUGAAUCUGAAGUUUCUCCUACACCUUUCAAGAAUGAGCAAACAUCCAGCAGGAAUGCUUUGACCAGCAUCACGAAUGUUGAGCCCAAAACUGAGCCAGCAUGCGUCUCUCCUGUUCAGACACCUACGCCUGUCAAUGAUUUAUCAAAACCAGAACACACUAAAAGCUCAUUCCGUAUUCACAGAAUGAGGAGAAUGGGGUCGGCUUCCAGGAAAGGAAGAGUGUUUUGCAAUGCAUGUGGCAAAACUUUCUAUGACAAAGGUACUCUCAAAAUCCACUACAAUGCGGUUCACCUGAAAAUCAAGCACCGGUGUACUAUUGAGGGCUGCAACAUGGUCUUCAGCUCUCUCAGAAGCCGCAACCGCCACAGUGCUAACCCAAAUCCUCGCCUCCACAUGCCUAUGCUAAGGAAUAACCGUGACAAAGAUCUAAUUCGUGCUACAUCAGGUGCUGCAACUCCAGUCAUAGCAAGUACAAAAUCCAGUCUAACUUUAACAAGCCCUGGGCGUCCACCGAUGGGGUUUACCACUCCCCCUCUAGAUCCUGUACUACAGAACCCUCUUCCCAGUCAGCUGGUGUUCCCAGCUUUAAAGACUGUCCAACCUGUUCCUCCUUUUUACAGAAAUUUGCUUACUCCUGGUGAGAUGGUGAGUCCUCCAACAUCACUCCCUACCAGCCCAAUAAUACCAGCAGUGAGUGGCAUGGAGCAGCAUCCCCCACCUCCUUCAGAGUCAUCAGUGCCUUCAGUGCUGAUGCCCACCCCAGAGCCUAAUGCUGACCUUGCCCCCAAGAAGAAGCCAAGGAAGUCGAGCAUGCCAGUUAAAAUUGAAAAGGAAGUUAUUGAUACUGCUGAUGAGUUUGAUGAUGAAGAUGAAGAGGUGAAUGACAGUAGCACGAUGGUGAAUGACAUUGGCCAUGACAAUCACUGCCAUUCUCAGGAGGAAAUGAGCCCAGGUCUAUCUGUGAAAGACUUUUCCAAAAGUGACAGAAGCAGAUGCAUUUCCAGACCAGACAUAAGAAGGGCAGACAGCAUGACAUCAGAAGACCAGGAGCAUGAGAGAGACUAUGAAAAUGAGUCAGAGUCAUCAGAACCCAAACUGUGUGAGGAAUCCAUGGAAGGUGAUGAUCGUCUCCAUGAACCUGGUGAAAAAUCCAUGAUGCACAGUGACAGACCAGAUGAAAACCACAUUGAUUCUUCCAACCAGGAUGUCAUUAAGGUGAAGGAAGAGUAUACGGACCCUACAUACGAUAUGUUCUACAUGAGCCAAUAUGGACUUUACAAUGGUGGCAGUGCCAGUAUGGCUGCCCUUCAUGAAAGUUUUGCUUCUGCAUUCAACUACAGCAGCGCUCAGAAGUUCUCCCCAGAAGGUGAAAUGUGCUCCAGCCCAGACCCUAAGAUCUGCUAUGUGUGCAAGAAAAGUUUCAAGAGUUCCUACAGUGUGAAGCUUCACUACAGAAAUGUUCAUUUAAAAGAGAUGCAUGUCUGCACAGUGGCUGGCUGUAAUGCUGCGUUCCCAUCACGGAGAAGCAGAGACAGACACAGUGCUAACAUAAAUCUGCACCGUAAACUGUUGACCAAAGAACUGGAUGACAUGGGCCUGGACACCUCACAGCCUUCUCUUAGUAAGGACCUCCGUGAUGAAUUUUUGGUGAAGAUAUAUGGCGCUCAGCAUCAGAUGGGGCUUGACAUAAGGGAAGACACCUCCUCACCUGCUGGUACUGAGGAUUCCCAUAUGAAUGGGUGCGGCAGGGGCAUAUCAGAAGACUAUAUGGUCCUAGACCUGAGCACCACCUCCAGCAUCCAGUCCAGCAGCAGUAUUCAUUCCUCAAGAGAAUCAGAUGCAGGAAGCGAUGAGGGCAUUCUCCUGGACGACGUCGAUGGGGCAAGUGACAGCGGGGAAUCUGCCCACAAAGCAGAUGCCCCUGCCUUAGCUGUAGGUAUGGGCACUGAUGUCCCAGGAUCCCUCAUGUUCAACAGUGUUUCGGUGAGCAACGGUGGGAUAAUGUGUAACAUUUGCCACAAAAUGUACAGCAACAAGGGGACCCUCAGAGUGCACUAUAAAACAGUGCACUUGCGAGAAAUGCACAAAUGCAAAGUCCCUGGGUGCAACAUGAUGUUCUCCUCUGUCCGUAGCCGAAACCGGCACAGUCAGAACCCCAAUCUGCAUAAAAACAUUCCCUUCGCUUCAGUAGAUUAGUUCAAGGAUGGACACAGCAUAAUGCCAGCUCUCAGAGAGGGCCCACCACAUCUGAACUGCCAUAUACAGUCUCCCUUUAUAUAUAUAUAUAUAAAAAUAUACAUAUAUAUAUAAUCUUUUCUUUUUUAACAAAAGAAAGAAACACCAGGUGCUUUUUCCCCGUUGUUGGUUGUUGGUUUGGGAUUUUGUUUUUUCCUUUUUAUUUGGGAUAGAAACAAAAAGGUAGGAUCUUUAAUUUGGGGGGACAGACCCUUCACAAAAAAAGCCAACAAAACCAAGAAACAAACCCACAGAAAACUUGCAGUUGUCCCUAGUUCUAUUAGAAUGUUCUUGGUCAUCUCCAAAAAGACAAUUUGUUUUACUCAUGACUUUUGCCUGAAAAAAAGAAUGAAAAACAACAACAACAAAAAAAAAAAAAAGCGCAAACAAACAAAAAGAGAAAAAAAAUCUACUUAGUUGUCUUUGUGUCUUCUAAGCAUUGGGGAUAACGUUCUACUAAGCAUGGCUGUUACACUUGUAUAUAUAUAUUGAGCCUUGACAGGCCUAUGAUGUAAAACAAUUGUAUUGAUGGUGGUUUAACUCUUCUUUCUUUGCUUACUUUUUACAGUUACAUUCAGCUGUUAGAUAAACAGGAAAAAUAGUUUGCUG